UCUCUUUUUCCUGCCUUUGGUAAGCACUCGAAGAUUAGGGUUUUGUUGCUGCAUUCGGGUUGGAAAACCUAGCCGGAGAUAUUCUUUCCACCAAUGGAGCACGGUGGCGAUGGCCACGGCGGAGGCGCCGGAGGUGGAGGGUUCCACCGCAACGAGGCGAUAUCGGCCGUCCAGGACGAGGAGCAGUUCUACGGGGAGGACGACGACUACGACGACCUCUACAGCGACGUCAACGUUGGCGACGGGUUCCACCAGAACUUCCAGGGUGGCGAUGACGCGGAGGGUUUUCAGGCCGGGGACGAGCGGCGGAGCGAACCCCAACCGCCGCCGCCCCCACCGUUGCCUAUACCGGCGCCGCAGCAGCCGGUGGCGGAGACGUCCGAGAGGGUCCAGAUCCCGGGCAUCGCCGGGGAGCCGAAGAUCGAGCGGGUUGCUGAUAGAUCCGCCGGUUUCCAGGACCCGGGGUUCAGGGGAGGCGCCGAGCCUAUGGUUGGGGUCAGACAGGCGGCACCGCUACCUCCACCGCCGAUGCCGGUGGUGACGGGUGCAGGUAGGACUGACCUAGGCCAGGCUUCCGGUAGUUUUAGCCAGAUCCAGAGCAAUAAUCGGAACAAUAGCUUCCCAAAUGAGGGCUUUCAGAGACAAGGAGGUGGCUUUGGGAACGAGGGUUUCCAGAGGCAAGGAGGUGGUGGAAGCGUAGUUGUACCUGCAGGUAACGCAAAUGGUGGAGGGGACGCAGGUGGCGGUGGCGGAGCUGGAGCAGGGGUUGGUGGGACUACACUUUUCGUUGGUGAACUCCAUUGGUGGACGACUGAUGCAGAUCUUGAAGAAGAACUCUGCAAAUAUGGGCAGGUAAAAGAAGUGAAAUUUUUUGAUGAGAGGGCGAGCGGAAAAUCAAAAGGAUACUGUCAGGUCGACUUCUAUGAUUCAAUGGCUGCAUCAGCCUGCAUGGACGGUAUGAACGGGCAUAUUUUCAAUGGAAGACCUUGCGUUGUUGCUUUGGCUUCACCGUACACUGUUCGGCGAAUGGGUGAGAACCAAGUGAACAAGAACCAGCAGGCAAUGGGCCAGUCCCAGCCGCCAGCAGCUGCACAGAAGGGUAGGGGAGGUAGCGGGUCUUCAGCUGGUGGCAAUUUUGGACGUGGAGGAGGUGUUGGCGGUGGCAGUGGUGGAAAUUGGGGAAAAGGUGGUGGAAUGGGGAACCGAGGGCAAAUGGGUAAUAUGAGGAACAGAAUGGGUCCCCUCGGUGGAAGGGGUAUCAUGGGCAAUGGUGGGAUGGUUGCCCCACCACCACCUGUGUUGCAUCCUGGAGCUAUGCUCGGUCAAGGGUUUGAUCCCAUGGGCUAUGGAGCAGCAAUGGGUAGAAUGGGUGCUGGCUUUGGAGGCUUCCCUGCAGGUGCUGCUGGUGCUCCUUUUCCUGGAAUGAUGCCUUCGUUCCCACCUGUUGUGGCUCCACAUGUCAAUCCAGCUUUUUUUGGGAGGGGACUGGCACCUGGUGGCGUUGGUAUGUGGUCUGAUCCGAACAUGGGUGGAUGGGGAGGUGAAGAUCAGUCAAGCUAUGGGGAGGAUGCUACCUCAGAUCAGCAGUAUGGAGAAGGGAGCCAUGGGAAGGAUAGGAUGGCUGAGAGGGAUCGUUAUGGUGCUCCAGAGAGAAGACAUGAAAAGGAGAAAGAUAUGGGUUCUGGACAGGAGUGGCCAGAGAGAAGACACCGUGAUGAGAAGGAGAGAGAGACAGGGAGAGAUAAGGAACCGGGCCGGGAGAGGGACAGAGAGCGUGAAAGGGAGAGGGACAGGGAAAGAGACAGGGAAAGGGAGCGGGAACUUGAUCGUGAACGUGACAGGUAUCGAGAUGACAGAGACAGACAUGGUGAUCACUAUAGACACAGGGAUCGUGAGCCAGAGCGUGAUGAUGACUGGGCUAGAGGAAGAUCAUCUAGGCCUCGCAGCAAGUCACACGAGGUUGAACAUUCAAAGAGGCGUCGGCCAUCACAUGAAUGAUUUAGGUCCUUUGCAGCUUUCUCAAAACAGGAAGAUGUUAUCAAGAUGAAUCAUAUGUUUCAGUAGCUGCUUUUACUUCAAGUUCAAGAUACUUCUGGUUGAGAAUUCCUGCAAGGGCCCUGCUUAGUCAUCUGACUGAAGAAAGUUUGGGUUCCUGGUGCCAUCUAGAAUGGAAGUCCCGUUUCACUCUUUUUCAGCCUUGGGUUCGAGCAAAUAGCUAGAAGAUGAUCGUAUCAUUUAAGGUACAGUUUUGGCGACUCUUCCUCCUGCUACCGCUGAUCCUCCAAGCAUCAAUCUAGACUCACAUCCUUGGUGCAUUAUGUUAAAAUUAAAAAUGAACUUCUUGAUGAGCAGCUUUGAAAUGAUGUUUGGGACUUUAGUAGUGUGAUUAUUCUCCUGAGAAAACUUUUAGCUAAGAUACUCAUCAAUUAUGCUCUACAAUCAGUCAUGGAAAUGUUGUCAUGUUUUUUAUCAUGGUGUCAAAGCUGCAUACAGACGGUAAUGCAGGUUUACCGAAAACUGAUAAACGGGCCACAGCCUGUUGGCUCGUAGCGCUGGUCAAGGCACCACGACCCACGGGAAUGAAAUGUUUGAUUUGAUUGUUAUUAAUCACUGUUUUGUUGUCUUUUUCCUGUUGUAGGGUGAUUCCCAAGUCAUUGCAUAUAUAUGUGUCAGCUAUAUUUUUUGUUCUUGUUGUAACUGCUUGGUAGGUUAGGCCAUACCCGAGUCAAUUUCUUAGACUUGGCACUGAUUGGAGGAUUUUGAAACAAUUUCCUCCAUUGUACAUUUGUUCUCAUGCCAUAAUGAAAUGCUGAUUCCUCUUUUCCAAAA